AUGCGAUGGGCACUCGUGCGGCCAUAUCUACCACCCGUCAACUUCAUCACAGUGCACUAUGCCUACUUCAUCGUCACAGCUAUCAUCGGGGCCCUCAUCUUUUGGGGCUCCUCGUCUCCUCAAUAUCCCGUCGGCUGGUGGGAUAGCCUAUUCAUGGUCAUGUCCGCGUUGACGGCCUCGGGCCUCAACACGGUCAACGUCAGCCAGCUCACAACUUUCCAGCAGGUCCAGCUGUGCGUCUUCAUGAUCAUGGGUAGCCAGGUCAUCAUUUCAUAUUUUACCAUUACAUUUCGAAAACGCAUUUUUGAGAAGCGAUUUAAGGAUCUUGUGGAGAUGGAGCGUGCAAAGAGGAAAGCUACCACCUCAAAGACGGGUGCUGUUGUUGGCAUGACGGGCGCCAUGAUCGGGCUGCAGGUCAUGUCGUCGUUUGGCAAAACCCACGGCGCAAAGCAAGAGCCGAGCAGUAGAUCGUGGUCUUCCAAGCACAAUAAUGAACCCAAUGUCCAAGUUGCAAGAACCGGACUUCCCCCCGAGGAACAGGCAACUUUAUAUUCCCAGGCACAGGCCAAUUCUGCAACGGGGGUUCUGGGAGGAGUCGAGCGAGAUCCGCCGCAACAUCAACACGUCGGAUUUCUUGAACCGAUUCGCGAGAACAGGCCCCAGUCCGCGACGACUGGACAUUCCAUCUACCAGACACACUCUCAUCAGAGCGAAAAAACUGCACGACGAAGGCCACAUACAGUCGAAUCACGAACAUCUGACACUGGCUUCAAUGUCCAGACAUUCGUUAAGGAGCAAAAGGGCAACAUUGGACGCAACGGGCAAUUCUUCAACUUGUCCGAGGACCAGCGGGAGUACCUCGGUGGUGUGGAGUACCGGUCUCUGAAAUUCCUCUCGGCAUUUGUCAUUGUUUAUUUCGUUCUGUGGCAGCUCUUCGGCGCCAUUGCCCUCGGCGCCUGGAUGUCCGUUCACGCCGUCGACGAGUCAGCCGUCAAUGCCCAGAAUCCUUGGUGGGCGGGCAUCUUCCUCGCUAUCUCGGCCUACAACAAUGCUGGCUUCACUCUGCUCGAUGCAGGUUUUAUACCCUUCCAGAGUUCCUACUUUCUACUCACCAUCGUCACGAUCCUCUCGCUCGCCGGCCCUGCCGCGUUUCCCGUUUUCAUGCGCCUGUUGAUCUGGACUAUGUCGAAGGUGUUUCAUCUCUUUUCGCGGAACAAGGAGGACUACACAGUCUGGAAAGAGGGCUUUGACUUCAUCCUCAGAUUCCCGCGUCGCGUCUAUACAAGCUUGUUCCCCUCGCGGGACACGUGGAUGUUCGUUGCUACGUUUGGGGGCUUUGUGCUGGCCGAUUGGAUCCUGAUCCUCGUUCUCACCACUGGCAAUCCAACCAUGGAUGCCAUCCCGGUGGGACAGCGUAUCUUCGACGCUCUGUUCGAAGGAUUCUCAAUUCCAUCUGGAGGCUACGCCAUCGUCGCCCCCUCAGCCAUGUACUUUGACGUACACGUGCUCUGGCUGAUCAUCUUCUACACGGCGGCAUACCCGCACAUCAUAACCAUGCGCAAGACAAACGUCUACGAAGAGCGUUCCCUGGGCAUCUACGAAGGAGAUCAGACCGAGAUUGAGCAGCUCCACUCGGAGACAAGCAGCCUCUUUGACGUCGAUGCUGAUGCCGGACACAACGACCCUCUCGCGGCGGGCCUUCCGUCCGCUUUCGAAGCCAACGGCAACGUCAAUCGGAGAAGAAACUGGGACGCAGCCUCACAGAGGCCAUCCGCGAGAUCCGUCAAGCGUCUCUAUACCGUCGGCCGUCAAGGCACGGCAUUCGUGGGCCGACAGCUGCAGCGCCGCAUGACCGCCUUUCAAGGCGUCGGCGUCGCCCACGCAGCGGUAUCUAACGUGCCUGGUGUCUCCGGCGCUGGUUUCCAAAAGCCCCUCCGUCGCGCCGCCACCAUGGACUUUGCACGAUCUCCGUCAGUGCACUCCCUGCACAAUCACACACCAACCGGGCCACCGAGCCUGGUAUCUCAGCAAAUGCGUGGACAGCUCAGCCACGAUGUGUGGUGGGUUGCCCUAGCUCUGUUCCUUGUCACGCUCAUCGAAACGCGACACUCCCUCGAGGAUCCCGUAACAUUUAGCGUGUUCGGUAUCCUCUUCGAGAUUGUCUCGGGUUACACGAAUAUCGGCAUCAGCAUUGGUCUGCCGGACCAAAGUUACAGUCUUACUGGGGGUAUGUAUACAGGCAGUAAAAUCAUCAUGACCCUCGUCAUGUUGAGAGGAAGGCAUAGGGGGUUGCCAGUUGCUCUCGAUCGCGCUGUCAAAUUGCCCGGAAAGCGAUUAGCAGAGCUCGAAGAUGAGGAUGCUGAAAUUAGGAGCAUAUCAGCUUCAUCCCGAUAG